AUGGCAGCGCUCGAUGCUGACUUUAUAAGAUUUGACGGGAGCGACGGGAGCGACGAGGAGAUCAGCGGGAAUAAGAGGACUUAUGAAGAUGUGGAGGGUGGUGUCGGCAAUUCAGCCACUCCAGCGACCACUUCCACCACUUGCACACCUUCCAAACACCCAAAAGGCGAAAAUGGGAAAUCUAGGAAAGAAAUCGAAAAACAGCGUUCAAAGAAAGCGCCCUGGAUGGCAGACGUUGAUUGGGAAGGCUGUCGAACAGCACCAGAGAUGCUACACAGAGAAGUAGACGCUUUCACUCGCUUUAUCAGCCCUUCGGUUAUCGAACACAAGACACGCGAGUACACCAUAGAGUGCAUACGCAGGUGCAUCACCUCUAGAUGGUCCGAUGCCCAUGUCUUUGCUUUCGGCAGCUUCGAAACUCGUCUCUACCUCCCCGAUGGCGAUAUAGAUCUUGUCGUUAUGCGCAAAUCAGUCAACCAAUACAACAAACAGUCAAUGCUACACACCAUGGCCAGUAUUCUCCGCCAAGCAAACCUCGCACAGAGUAUACAAGUCAUUUCUAAAGCCAGAGUGCCUAUUAUUAAGUUCCAGUCAUCAUUCGGUGGUUAUCCCAUUGAUAUCUCACUUAAUCAGACAAACGGUGUGGAUGCGGGGAGGAUGGUGAACGAUAUCCUCGACAAGUACCCCGCUGCUAGACCCCUUUCCAUUCUCCUCAAAUGCUUCCUCGCUCAACGCAGCAUGAACGAGGUCUAUACCGGCGGCGUCAGCUCGUAUGCUGUCAUAUGUCUCGUCGUCAGCUUUUUACAGAUGCAUCCUAAAGUGAGGCGAGGUGACAUCGACCCUCUCAACAAUCUCGGUGUACUUAUUGUCGAUCUGCUCGAACUUUAUGGAAGGAAUUUUAACUACGAUAACACCGGCAUCGCUAUUGAGGGAUCUGGCUACUACUUCUCCAAGUCAAGUAGAGGUUGGCAUCAGUAUGGCCAGCCGUACCUCCUUUGCAUACAGGAUCCACAGGAUGUCGGCAAUGACAUCAGCAAAGGCUCGUUCAAUAUACUCAACGUGCGCAAGGUGAUCGCCGGUGCAUACGAUAUGCUCACCAAUAAACUUUACGCUCAGGCAAGUGAAAUUGACGCUAAGAAGACCGGCCGCCAUCUCAGUCUUAGAGAUGAAGUGGAAGUGAAGGAUGAAGAGAAGAGUUUGCUGUUGAGUUUUAUGGGUAUUUCUCAACUCGUGCUGAAUAAGAGGAGAGUUACAAUUGAUCUCUAUCAGAAGGGUAUCCUCCAGCGCUAUCUGAAUCUACCACCCCCUGAAAAAGACGUGGAUUUGAGCGUGAAGAGCGUGCCGAAUAGAGUGUCGAAUGGAACUAGUGCGGUAAAUGAUAGUAGCCCAAUUAAACCCAAACAUAAGGUAUUCCCUGAGGACGACGAGGGUGAAGGUGACAACAGCGUAAUUGACAUACUCGAUAAGGAUAGAGAGGAUGAUGACUCGCGCUAUUUACACGUACAAGCCAGUAGAUCGGGAUCUAACAAGCGUCCGCGCAGCAAAAUCAGUAAGACGGAUAAAGCACCGACGUCUCAACUCCAUUUCGUUGAUUCAUCGGAAGACUCCGAUGUGGAGAUUGUAGAGAAGACAGAUAAACAGGCAGGCACACGUGGCACGCGGGAGCAAAGCAAGCAAACCAAAAAAAGUCAACCAGAACGACCAGUGAAAAAACAGAGACGUGAAUCAAACGAACAAAGAAACUCAAGGUACGAGUACUGGGGGAAAAAAGGCAAGUCUAUAGAUAUAUCAGACAGUAACUAG